AGGGAAAACCAGGGAGGAUAUACUUUUUGCUGGGAAUUAAUUCCUAUAAUUUUUUUAAAAUUAGGGUACGAGAAUGGGAGGGGAAACCUCACUGUCGAGGACAAGGAAGACUUUGACCAAGGGAAAAUUGCGGCGGCGCAGAGGAAUCCGUCGCCGCAUAAAAAAGUAGUGGUGGUGGGAUAUGCCCUUACAUCUAAGAAAGUUAAGAGCUUUUUGCAGCCAAAGUUUGAACACUUAGCCAGGAACAAGGGAAUCCAAUUUGUGGCUAUUGAUCAAAGUAAACCCCUUUCGGAUCAAGGUCCUUUUGAUAUUGUGUUGCAUAAGUUAUCUGGAAAAGAAUGGCGGCGAGUACUAGAGGAUUAUUGGAAUGAACAUCCCGAGGUCACAAUUCUUGACCCUCCUCGAGCCAUACAGCAAGUACAUAAUCGUCAAUCCAUGCUUCAAGAUGUUGCCAACCUAAAUCUAUCAGAUCGUUAUGGAAAAGUCGGUGUUCCUAAACAGUUGGUUAUCAAGAAAGAUCCAUCAUCUAUUCCUGGUGCAGUGAGCAAGGCUGGCCUGAGGCUACCCAUUGUGGCAAAACCUUUGGUUGCAAAGUCGCAUGAACUCUCUCUCGCUUAUGACGAGUUCUCCCUCCAGAAGUUGGAGCCACCACUUGUUUUACAGGAAUUCGUUAAUCAUGGGGGUGUACUAUUCAAGGUUUACAUUGUUGGUGAAGCAAUAAAAGUGGUCAGGCGUUAUUCUUUACCCGAUGUUAACAAAUAUGAGCUGUCAAAGAGUGCUGGUGUUUAUCACUUUCCAAGAGUUUCUUGUGCUUCCGCAUCCGCUGAUGAAGCAGACUUGGAUCCUCGUGUUGCUGAGCUCCCUCCACGACCAUUACUCGAGAGAUUGGCUAAAUGUUGGGAUUUACACACACAAGGCUUUCACACACUCAAGAAGAUCACACACACACUCACUGUUGUAUGAGAUCACACAAUGCAGAAACACACACACUCACACUUUGAGUAUUGAAGAUGAUAAUCUUGGAGAGAAACU